AAAAGCGCUAUAGUUUCCCCGCUCAAAGAGAGAGAAUUGUAGAGAGAGAAAAAAAAUCAGUCACAAUUCAUUCACACACGCUUUCACUCUCUCUUCCACUCAGAGAGGCCGCCGUUAAUUGGAUAAGCCUCCCCAACUCACCGCACCACCGCCGUCUCUCUCUAUCUCUCGGAAUGGCGCAUUCAUGUGUCUCUUCAUCUGUUGCAUUCAACUCAUCUUCACUUUCUCUCUCUUCUCCAAACCCUAGCUCCUCCUCCAAAACCUUCUCUCUCCCCUUGCAAUCCGUGCGUUCUAGGUAUGGAUUUUCCAGAAAAUUGAAUGAAUCUAGUCUCAAGAGCUCUUCGGUGCACGCUGUAUACGCUCCUGACUUUGGUGCACCAGGAAGGAACUCACGGAACGGUAUUUGGUCGGUUAGGGAUGAUUUGCAAACUCCGUCAUCGCCAUACUUUCCAGCAUAUGCACAAGCUUCACAGGGUCCGCCUCCAAUGAUGCAAGAGCGUUUUAUGAGUGUCAUCAGCCAACUUUUUCAAUAUAGGAUAAUCCGAUGUGGUGGAGCUGUAGAUGAUGAUAUGGCAAAUAUUAUUGUUGCCCAGUUGCUCUAUCUUGAUGCUGUGGAUCCUACAAAGGAUAUAGUGAUGUACGUGAACUCUCCAGGUGGAUCGGUUACUGCUGGUAUGGCUAUAUUUGACACAAUGAGGCAUAUCAGGCCUGAUGUUUCAACCGUUUGUGUUGGACUAGCAGCUAGUAUGGGAGCUUUUCUAUUGAGUGCUGGUACCAAAGGGAAAAGAUACAGCCUUCCCAAUUCAAGGAUAAUGAUCCAUCAGCCUCUUGGUGGAGCACAAGGUGGCCAGACUGACAUUGAUAUCCAGGCAAAUGAAAUGCUGCAUCACAAAGCAAAUUUAAAUGGUUACUUGGCUUACCACACCGGUCAAAGCCUGGAGAAGAUCAACCAAGACACCGACCGUGAUUUUUUCAUGAGUGCUAAAGAAGCCAAAGAGUAUGGGCUUAUAGACGGUGUUAUCAUGAAUCCUCUUAAAGCCCUACAGCCACUUGCAGCUGCAGCAGAACAAUUAUCUUGAAUAUUCAGUCUUUUUCAUGACUUACCUCUUUAUCCUAUUAAAUAAGAUCAUUUCGGUUCUGCUGAAAACUAGGUAAUUUAGAACCAUUGCUGUAAUAUGUAUGAUCUGUGUUCUUAUUCAGGAAACCUCAGAGUGCGUUUUAAAUUUUGAGUCUGAUGGACUUAUUGGUAUCCUGUUUCCUCUGUUAUAUGUAAUAUUGGUAUUAAAUUCUAGAGUUGGAUAUGUUUGCUUCUUUACCACCAUAUCUGAAAUCAACUUUU